UUUGCUUACCUGUACUAUGCUGCUGUGUCUUUUACAUUAAAUGUUUUUGGUGCACUCAAUGCAGAGGACGAAUCUGAAUGGAGUAAAAUCACCGAACUUAGGCUGAGAGGUCGGAAGGUCACCGAUACCGGUGUUGCCAGUCUAUGUCAAGCAUUACAGACACCAACGUGUGAAGUCACCAAACUUAAUCUGAGUGCUAAUCAGAUCACCGAUGCCGGUGUUGCCAGUCUAUGUCAAGCAUUACUUGCACCAUCAUGUGAAGUCACCGAACUUAGUCUGGCUGCUAAUCAGAUCACCGAUGCCGGUGUUGCCAGUCUAUGUCAAGCAUUACAGACACCAACAUGUAAAGUCAGCACACUUUAUCUAGGUUGUAAUCAGAUCACCGAUGCCGGUGUUGCCAGUCUAUGUCAAGCAUUGCAGACACCAACAUGUAAAGUCACAACCCUUUUUCUGAAUAAAAAUCAGAUCACCGAUGCCAGUGUUGCCAAUCUAUGUCAAGCAUUGCAGACACCAACAUGUAAAGUCACCGUUCUUAAUCUGAAAGAUAAUCAGGUCACCGAUACCGGUGUUGCCAGUCUAUGUCAAGCAUUACAGACACCAACAUGUAAAGUCACCAUGCUUUAUCUGGGUCGUAAUCAAAUCACUGAUGCCGGUGCUGCCAGUCUCUGUCAAGCAUUACAGACUCUAACAUGUAGAGUCACCACACUUCAUCUGGAUUCUAAUCAGAUCACCGAUACCGGUGUUGCCAGUCUAUGUCAAGCAUUACAGGCACCAACAUGUAAAGUCACCGACCUUAGUCUGGAAGAUAAUCUGAUCACCGAUGCCGGUGUUGCCAGUCUAUGUGAAGCAUUACAGACACCAACAUGUAAAGUCACAACCCUUUCUCUGAAUAAAAAUCAGAUCACCGGUGCCGGUGUUUCCAGUCUAUGUCAAGCAUUACAGACACUAACAUGUGAAGUUACUGGAUUAGGUCUGGCUGAUAUUCAGAUCACCGAUGACGGUGUUGCCAGUCUAUGUCAAGCAUUACAGACACCAACAUGUAAAGUCACCGACCUUGGUCUGGAAGAUAAUCAGAUCACCGAUGCCGGUGUUGCCAGUCUAUGUGAAGCAUUACAGACACCAACAUGUAAAGUCACCAUGCUUUAUCUGGGUCGUAAUCAAAUCACUGAUGCCGGUGCUGCCAGUCUCUGUCAAGCAUUACAGACACCAACAUGUAAAGUCACCGAUCUUGAUCUGGCUGGUAAUCAGAUCACCGAUGCCGGUGUUGCCAGUCUAUGUCAAGCAUUACAGACACCAACAUGUAAAGUCACAACACUUUAUCUGAAUAAAAAUCAGAUCACCGAUGCCGGUGUUGCCAGUCUAUGUCAAGCAUUACAGACACCAACAUGUAAAGUCACAACACUUUAUCUGAAUAAAAAUCAGAUCACCGAUGCCGGUGUUGCCAGUCUAUGUCAAGCAUUACAGACACCAACAUGUAAAGUCACCAUGCUUUAUCUGGUUGGUAAUCAGAUCACUAGUAGUAGAAACUAG